GGGGUGGGGUUGGGGAGGGCUUGAGAGGUUUCAGUUUCUUAUUUUGUUGAUGGCUCCUCCCCCCCCCUCUGAACGAGCGCUGCCUUUUCCCCGCACCGCAGACAGGCAGCGGUUUUGUCCUGUGAGCUCACAGCGCCGUUGUUGUGCAGUCACAGACGGCCUGUUGGAGUGAGCGAGCGAGCGAGAGAGAGAGAAAAAAAAGAGGGAGGGGAGACGGACAGAGCGAUCGUCUGUGUUUCAUCGCUGCUCGGAAAUCGGCAGCCGGGCGGCGUGAGAGAAAGCGACGGUGAGAGCAGAGCGCAAAGGAAAGGAAUUUUUGGAAUUUCUAAAUUUUGGAAGGAAGGAAGGAUUAGGUGGGGCGUCUCACGUGUCCCAGCCUCUCUCACACAGCGAGAUUUAUUCUGAAAGCAGUUUCCUCCGAUCCCCCCCCAACUUGCUGUGCUGUGCCCCAUCCUCUCCUUUCUGAGCUCCGGAGAGGACAGAGGGCAGGCGGCAGCCCCCCCAACACCCCCCCUCGCACACACUCGGCACGCAGAGGGAGAGAGCGAGCGCUUGCCAACGUUGCCGUGUCCCGCUGGCGUCUUCGUCGCUCCGCCGAGAGCGGGAGGACAGCCCCCCUCCGGCGGCGCUCAUGUCCACGAACUCGGAGAAAUCCCCAUCGUCUGAAAGGCCGGAAACCCAGCAGAAAGUUCCCUCGGCACCCCCUCCACCUCCACCCCCGCCGCCACCCCCAGAACCAGCCGCCCCCCCGGAGCCCGAGGAGGAGAUCCUGGGCUCCGAUGAUGAGGAGCAGGAGGACCCCGCAGAUUACUGCAAAGGAGGUUACCACCCUGUGAAGAUCGGGGACCUCUUCAAUGGACGCUACCAUGUGAUCCGUAAGCUGGGCUGGGGACACUUCUCCACCGUCUGGCUCUGCUGGGACAUCCAAGGGAAGCGCUUUGUGGCCAUGAAGGUGGUGAAGAGCGCUCAACACUACACGGAGACGGCACUGGAUGAGAUCAAACUACUGCGAUGCGUACGAGAGAGCGACCCGAGAGACCCCAACAAGGACAUGGUGGUCCAGCUGAUUGAUGACUUCAAGAUCUCCGGAGUGAAUGGGAUUCAUGUCUGCAUGGUGUUUGAGGUUCUGGGUCAUCACUUACUGAAGUGGAUCAUCAAGUCCAACUAUCAGGGCCUUCCUCUGGCUUGCGUCAAGAGCAUCAUCCGGCAGGUCCUGCAGGGGCUGGAUUACCUUCACAGCAAGUGUAAGAUCAUUCACACGGACAUCAAGCCGGAGAACAUCCUUAUGUGCGUGGACGACGCCUUCGUGCGCAGGAUGGCAGUGGAGGCCACGGAGUGGCAGAAAGCUGGGGCGCCCCCUCCCUCAGGCUCCGCAGUCAGCACAGCCCCCCAGCUCAAACCGGUGGGCAAGAUCUCCAAGAACAAGAAGAAGAAGCUGAAGAAGAAGCAGAGGCGACAGGCGGAGCUGCUGGAGCGACGGAUGCUGGAGAUCGAGGCCCUGGAGCGUGAGGCUGAGAGGCAGCAGGCUGCUGAGGGUGAGGAGGGUGAGGAGGAAGACGACGAGGAGGAAGAGGAGGAAGGAGAGGAACGGGAGAGAGAACGAUUAGCGAGGCUCGCCAACCACACCUGCACAUCCCAGCAGCAGGUGGAGCAGCCGGAGGAUCUAGCCAACACGCUGAGACCCGCCAGUGGGGGAGACCCGGAAAGCGAAACUCAAGCCCCAGCAGGAGCACCGGGUGUCUCGAACCGAGAGAAACAGUGCGGUGACGCUGAGCCGGAAGAAGGUGGCGAGGGAGGUGAGGAGAAGGCAGCGGCCAGCGAGCCGGAGGUGGAGGGAGAAGAUGCGGGAAAGGUGGUGUCAGAGGUGAAGGAGGGGGAACGGGAUAGAGAGGAGUAUGAGGUCGAGGAAGAGGACGAAGAUGAGGAAGAAGGGGAUGAUGAGGAAGAUGUGGAGGAUGGUGGAGAGGAGCUGGGGAACUUCUCUGCCCAUAGACAGAAAGAAGUGGCCAAAACAAAUGGACACAUGCUUCUGGGGGAGGAGGAGCAGGUGCUGGCUGGAGGAGCCCCGCUCUGCCCACUGGUGGAGUCGGAACUCAGCAUCACGGACCGUGACGCCUCUAUCAGCUCCUCCUACGAACUGUUCAACGGGGAAGUCCCGGGGCUGGCCAACGGGGGCCGACACCGGGGCGCCACACCUUGUUAUCCCGAGUUGCCCCUGGACCCGGCGCCAAGCAGCCCCACAGCCAGCGCAGAAGGCCGGCCUUUGCACAGCCCCCCUGCAGACCGUAGCAGGACUGUGUCCUCAUCCAGCACAGGGGACACUCCCAAAGCAAAGGUGCGGGCCGCAGACCUCCUGGUGAACCCCCUGGACCCCCGCAAUGCCGACAGCCUGAGGGUGAAGAUCGCCGACCUGGGCAACGCCUGCUGGGUGCACAAGCACUUCACUGAGGACAUCCAGACACGGCAGUACCGCGCCAUCGAGGUCCUCAUUGGGGCUGGUUACAGCACUCCUGCUGACAUCUGGAGCACAGCUUGCAUGGCCUUUGAGCUGGCCACUGGAGACUACUUGUUUGAGCCCCACUCUGGAGAGGACUAUUCCAGAGAUGAGGACCACAUAGCCCACAUCAUUGAGUUGCUGGGCUGCAUCCCACGACACUUUGCUCUCUCCGGAAAAUACUCCCGGGAGUUCUUCAACCGCAGAGAUCACAUUGCUCUGAUCAUAGAGCUGCUGGGGAAGGUGCCGCGCAAAGUGGCUGCAGCCGGGAAGUACAGCCGCGAGUUCUUCACCAAGAAAGGAGAGCUGAGGCACAUCACCAAGUUGAAGCCCUGGUCCCUGUUUGACGUUCUGGUGGAGAAGUAUGGCUGGCCCCCUGAGGAAGCUGGCCACUUCACCCACUUUCUGCUGCCCAUGCUGGAAAUGGUGCCCGAGAAGAGGGCCUCUGCUGGGGAGUGUCUCAGGCACCCCUGGCUUAACUCAUAGCAGUGCCCCACUGUGGCAGCCUCUAGAACUACACGUCAUGCAGACUAGAAGGAGGGGAGGGGGGGUGGUGGGGUGUGUACGGGGGAUUGGGGGCUGACCAACUCGUUUUGCAGCAGUCAACAACUGACCCCGUUUUUUUUUUUUUUUUUUAAAAUCCCUCCCUGAUGCACACACUGACAGACAUGUGGAGAGCAGACGAGUGAAGCCUCGAGAAGCUCUCACUGUCCCCCUUCCCCCAUUACCCUGUCUCACCUGUGUGCAGUCAUCACUGAGUUUGCACGUCAGGCGCUGACCCCCUGAGGAGGGGCUCUUUUUCCCCAUCAUUAAGCCAGACGGGUAACGCACAGCAAGGCCAACUUUCCUCUGGCCAUUUUUGGACUGUUAAGUUUGGCUGCAGAAGACCAAUGCAGUAAGAAGUUCAUGAAUUCCUGGGAGAAGAUAGCAGGUGGGCUUAGCAAAUUGUGAUGUGUGCCAGGGUCACUGAUGGGGGGUAGGCUGUGUAGAGAGUGGGGUUCCCUGAACCAUUUUCCGAAGCACAGAGGCCCCAGAUGACAAGGUGUGUAUGUGUGUGUUAUUAGUCCUCCAAGCCUGUAGGUGGGGCUCCAAACACAAGAGGGUCCUGCAGAUUUAGGUUUACGCUGCAGAACAGAAUCAACCCGACAUUCCAGUUUGCUUCCAGCUAUAGGAAUGUAAUUCCUCCAGCUUUGCAGAAUCUUUGCAGUUUGGUCCCUCCUUCUUCUCUUUAGCUAGCUAAUCCUAGAAAGGGGGCAGCAAAUUCACAGCUCUUUGAGAACAGUAAGAGCAUAGCGGGAUGGGAACUCAUCAUUUCUUUUUGGUCUCAAAGACAUGAGCAAUAUGUCCGUGCCUGGAAAAUUAAAUUUCCGACUGUGCAAACCUCCGGGGGUCUGCACAGCUCGAACCCCCACUCAUUUCCUGUGGAGUAAGAAACCUCUGGCAAGAAGCCACCAUCCCUCCACUGGCCACAGUGCCCCCUGCAGAAGACAGCAGCAGUACUGCCACCGUUUUUACACUCUAAAUCCCGCCUUUCCUAUGACGUCAGCCCCCCCCCCCCAUCCCCCACUGUAGGCUGAAUGGGAUUGAGCUCUGCUAGGGGCACCAGCAUGGAUGCUGUUGAGACAAAAGGGUGGAAGGAAGAGGAGGAAAAAUGGGCGAUUGAGGCACAUUUUUGGGUUUUCUGUAAGUAACCUAGGAAUGCAGAGAAAGGAGAUGUGAUUGCUGCAAAUGUGACCAACAAAGUGUUGUUUGUUUUUCGGUUUUGUUUUGAUUUUUUUUUUUCUGGUUUGUUUGCUUCUGUGUUUGUUCGCUUUUAAUUCUUCAGGAAGCAGCCACAUUGUGUGUGGCAUCAAAGAAUAAGGA